UUGAAGCAGGAGGAGGACCGGACGGCGUCUUUGGCCCGUGGUGAUGCAGAUGCAGAUCUGGUGGUUGCCACCAUCAGACCUUAGUCAGGACCUCCAAGUUGUUCUUUCAGGAAAAUGAGCAGCCCCUCCAGGAGCCUGGGCGACCCCAAAGGCAUCGGCCAGAGUCCCGGUCACAAAGCCGAGCCCCCUCGCCACCGGAGCUGGAGCAGCCUCCGUUUCUCCCACUGGAGGAGCGGCUCCCAGAGGGCCAGCCGCCCCGGGACGCCCUCCCCCAAGACGGACACGCGGGGCGACGUGAGCAGGACGCUCUUCUCGCUGGUCAAGACUCACAACGACGACUACACGGCGGACCGACUGGACGUCGACGGUGACGACGACGCCGGUGGUGGUGAUGAUGAUGAUGCAACCCUGGACCAGUCCAGCUACUUCCACAAACAGUUUGGCUCCAUGCUGCAGCCCGGCGUCAACAAGUUCUCCCUGCGCGUCUUUGGAAGCCACAAGGGCGUCGCUGCAGAACAGGCCAGGGUCAAGUCCUUUGGAGUGUGGAUCAUUCACCCUUACAGCGACUUCAGGUUCUACUGGGAUCUGGUGAUGCUCCUGCUGAUGAUGAGCAACCUGGUGCUGUUGCCGUGGGGCAUCACCUUCUUCGAGGACCAGAACACCACCCCGUGGAUCACCUUUAACGUCCUCUCCGACACGCUCUUCCUCCUGGACCUGAUCUUCAACUUCCGCACGGGCAUCCUGGGCGAAGACAGCCACAUCGUGUUGGACCCCAAGGAGAUCCGCGUGCACUACCUGCGCUCCUGGUUCCUGGUGGACUUCAUCUCGUCCAUCCCCGUGGACUACAUCUUCCUGGUGGUGGACCUGGAAUCCCUGAAUGACUCGUCCGACGUGUACCGCACCGCACGCGCCCUGCGCAUCGUGCGCUUCACCAAAAUCCUCAGCUUGCUGCGCCUCCUCCGCCUGUCUCGCCUCAUCCGCUACAUCCAUCAGUGGGAGGAGAUGUUCCACAUGACCUACGACCUGGCCAGCGCCGUGGUGCGCAUCGUCAACCUGAUCGGCAUGAUGCUUCUUCUGUGCCACUGGGACGGCUGCUUGACCUUCAUGGUGCCCAUGCUGCAGGACUUCCCCGCAGACUGCUGGGUCUCCAAAAAUAACAUGGUGAAUUCUACCUGGCACACACAGUACUCGUACGCCCUCUUCAUGGCCAUGAGUCACAUGCUCUGCAUCGGCUACGGCGCCCACCCGCCGGAGGGCAUGAGUGACGUUUGGCUGACCAUGAUCAGCAUGGUGGUGGGGGCCACCUGCUACGCCAUGUUCCUGGGCCACGCCACCAACCUGGUGCAGUCCCUGGACGCCUCGCAUCGACAGUAUCAGGAGAAGUACAAGCAAGUGGAGCAGUACAUGUCCUUCCAUAAGCUGCCCGCCGACGUCAGGCAGAGGAUUCACGACUACUACGAGCAGAGGUUCCAAGGCAAGAUGUUUGAUGAGGACAGCAUCUUGGGGGAGCUCAGUGACCCGCUGAAAGAGGAAAUUGUCAGCUACAACUGCCGAGGCCUGGUGGCCAACAUGCCCCUGUUCGCCAACACCGACCCUCAUUUCGUCACCGUCAUCCUGACCAAGCUGCACUUUGAGGUCUUCCAACCCAGAGACUUCAUCAUCAGGGAGGGGACGCUGGGUCGCAAAAUGUACUUCAUCCAGCACGGCACCGUCGUCGUCACGCCGCGGGGCAGCAAAGAAAUCAGACUGAGCGACGGAGCGUACUUUGGGGAGAUCUGCCUGCUGACCCAGGGGCGGCGCACGGCCAGUGUGAUGGCCGAAACCUACUGUCGGCUUUACUCUUUGAGCGUGGACAGCUUCAAUGAGGUGCUGGAGGAGCACCCGCUCAUGAGGAGGGCCUUCGAGAGCGUGGCCGUUGACCGACUGGGCCGCGUGGCCAGGAGGUCCAGCUACCGCCCUCCCGACUGAAUCCCUUUCUCCAAAAACACGGAGGACGACCAUGAGUCCACUUUACUUUGGCUCCACAUUUCCUAUGCAAGACCCACGUACAGCUUUCAAAAUGUCUUUCUAAGACUCCGUCAUACAGGCUGUUCUGCAUAGCUGCAAUCAUCUGUAGGUUUAUCACCGUUCAUGUUGACAAACGCUAAGCUGCACUGAUGGAACAACGCCCCACUCGACACGGACGCAUUCUACACGCAUGUACACACAUUCUACACACAUUGUACACACAUGUACACACAUGUACACACAUUGCACCUGCACAUUGUUGCAGGGCAAACUAGAUCCCUGCACAUUCACUCUUAUCGCUGGUAUCACUGGUAUCACUGGUAUCACUGGUAUCACUGGUAUCACUGGUAUCACUGAUAUAACUGAUAUCACUGUUAUCACUCUUAUCACUGGUAUCACUGUUAUCACCGGUAUCACCGAUAUAACUGAUAUCACUGUUAUCACUCUUAUUACUGGUAUCACUGUUAUCACUGAUAUAACUGAUAUCACUGUUAUCACUCUUAUCACUGGUAUCACUGUUAUCACUGGUAUCACUGAUAUCACUGAUAUUGCCGUUAUCACUCUUAUCGCUGGUAUCGCUGGUAUCACUGUUAUCACUGUUAUCACUGGUAUCACUGGUAUCACUGAUAUCACUGUUAUCACUCUUAUCACUGGUAUCACUGUUAUCACCGGUAUCACCGAUAUAACUGAUAUCACUGUUAUCACUCUUAUCACUGGUAUCACUGUUAUCACUGAUAUAACUGAUAUCACUGUUAUCACUCUUAUCACUGGUAUCACUGUUAUCACCGGUAUCACCGAUAUAACUGAUAUCACUGUUAUCACUCUUAUCACUGGUAUCACUGUUAUCACUGAUAUAACUGAUAUCACUGUUAUCACUCUUAUCACUGGUAUCACUGUUAUCACUGGUAUUACUGAUAUCACUGAUAUUGCCGUUAUCACUCUUAUCGCUGGUAUCGCUGGUAUCACUGUUAUCACUGGUAUCACUGGUAUCACUGAUAUCACUGUUAUCACUCUUAUCACUGGUAUCACUGUUAUCACUGGUAUCACUGAUAUCACUGAUAUCAUUCUUAUCACUGGUAUCACUGGUAUCACUGGUAUCACUGAUAUAACUGAUAUCACUCUUAUCACUGGCAUCACUGUUAUCACUGAUAUCACUGAUAUUGCUGUUAUCACUGAUAUCACUGAUAUCACUGGUAUCACUGGUAUCACUGUUAUCACUGUUAUCACUUUUGUCGUGCUGAACAU